AUGUCGGUGUUGCAAGGCUGUAGUGUCCAGGAGCUGAAGAUCAGAUUCCCUGAAGUGUAUGAACUCCAAGAUAAGUUGCCUAACGUCAACCGAGAUGGCCAUUCUCCGGAACCUUCAUUUGAACUGAUUCAUGUUAAUGAUUUCUCUCAGGAGCAAAUCAAGGCUGAGCAUCGGGCUCUUGACGAGCAAGGCGAAAUUCCAAAUUUUUCGGUUUGUGCCGCCAUUCAUGGGGGGCCUUUGGAUUAUCCUAAGGCCGUGUCCAAGGCUGUGGGUCUUAUUGUGAGUAAGUGGGAUCAUUGCUUCGAUCAAUUGGAGGAAGCUCAUAGGAAAGAAAAUAACUUGGUCCGAUCUCAAUCCGACGAAGAGGUAUUCGCCACUUUAACUGAACACAAGAAUCCGGAUGGCGAACUGGACGAUAUGUUUUACAGCACGAUCUCAGAGUCAGCUUCCAAGAUCUUUGUCUACAAUUUCGGACUGGUUAAAAAACUCUUGUCUGGCGGGGACAUGUUUUCUUUGUUAAGAGUGUACAGCUCUCUAGCAUUGGUUAGGAACAAAUUGUGGUAUUACAACAUCAAACUGCAAGUUCCAGGCAUGGAAAAGCCUUUUGACGACCAAUAUGUGGAUUUCACCCAGCUCAUGGAGAGCUUAAGUGAGCAGAUCUUAGAAUACCAUACCUCUUUAAUAGCCACAACUAUUCUACAUGAUCCUGAGAGCCACAUAUUCAACAACUCUUUAGGUAUCUUGACCACCAGGUAUUACACCGUGGUACCAAACAGCAGUCGAUUGGAACAAUAUCGGGGCGACAUCUUGGCUAUUCUAAACAUUAGUUCCGAAGUGUUAACAUUCGUAAGUUCGGGCAUUGAAGAUAUCUUGGGAGCAUCAUCAACCAAUCCAGUGGCACUGGAAAUCCAUACUAAAUGUAAUCUCUUAUUAAGUGCCGCAGCCAUAAAAGCUUCACCAUUGUCCAUUUACACGAAGGUCGGGGCUCACUUUCAAAAGCCGAAUAAGAAAAGAAAAAAUGUUUUGCCUGAUGCUCAAGCCAAAACCUAUUGGCUCCAUUUGAUCCAACCAGAGCUGUUUCCAGCCAAUUUUGAGUUGAUUGAAGACAACCAUCAGCUGUUUCUGGUCACCAAAUUGAUCGCUAACCAAGCUGAACCAUCCUGGCCGUUACUCAUUAAUGCCAUGAUGACCAAAGAUUGUGCUAUUGCCAAAUUAAUUACCCUGCAUUUUGGAGCUUUCAUUCCUGGAACUCUGGGCGGAGGAGAGCAGGUUCAUCAUGAGCCUAAGAUCCACUGCAAUGGUUAUGGUUGUGAUUCCCAGUGUGUGGGUACGGCUGACGUUGGCUGGCCUCAAGCUGUUGGUUCUGCAACAUUGAAGGUCUGUUCCGAGGUGUCUCGAAAUCCAAUGAUUCUGGUCAAUAUUUUGGAUCCGCUUUUAGUCGCCCUCAGUUUGAGUUCUUGGGAAGCCAUGGAUCGAGGAAAUAUUUGGAAUCCAAGGAAACCUGUGUGGUUCCAAGCCCUGAUCCAACUUUUGGAUCCAUUUGUAGUCCCCAUAGUUCAAGAGCUUCUUGAUCUAAUGGAGGCUGGCAAGGCAUGGACUAUCGGACAAGUUCCAGCCACGAGGAAGACAAUCAUAACGAAUCUACAGGACAUUGUUCCAAUCAUACCCAUCUCGGUUUUGAAGUUGUGCAAGCGAUUGGAUGAGAUUGUUCCAAAACCAGUGAGACCCCUGAGCAAGUCGACACUCUCUCAACUUCUAGUGUGCAGCCUCUAUGGAAUCAUUGAGGGCCUCCAACCUUGGUUAAGAAGACGCAAAUUCAGCCGCGAGAAAAUAGACUUCGUUCUCGCGUUCAACGAAGCUCUAUGUCAAAUAGACACUUGUGUUGAAGUCUUAAACAUCCAACAGAGUGCAGACAUUACUCUCCAGGAGUCAUUGGACAAGAAUCCGCCAGGUGAACGGAUCUUUGAAGUUCCCUCUCAUGAAUUUUUUACCAUCCUUUCGGCCGGAGUGGCCAAUGAGAUUCUUUCCACACCCGAAGGCUCGCAAUCCUUGAAGGUCCUCUAUCGGUUCUUUUGCUACAACUCGGAUUGGAUUCUGAGUGCAUUGAAGGUUGGAGAGAAGAAUGUCACCUCGGAAGGGACCAUACCAGUAUUAAUCAAGCCUUGGGGAUCAGAGAUUUAUCCGCCCCAGAAUCCCUAUGAAAUGAUGAAUCAAAUUGGUGGGUUUGCUUAUGGGAACACGGAUGGUUUAGGUGUUGUGCUGGAUUCCAAUGGUAACUCUGGUGGUUGUGGUGAUUGUAUUAACCCAUGUUUGAGAGGCUCACAAAUCACGUUUGAAAAGCUUUUGAAGGUGGUUCCACCUUGGGAGGAUUACUUGAAGCAUGUUCUCGCCUACAACAACCCUAUGGUGAAUCUUCGGUUAGCGCAACUCCGACCAGAAGUUAGAGACGAUUCGAAAGCGGAGCUACGACGACAAAUCUUGGAUUCUGCCGAAGACAUACUUACAAAUUCAAAAAAAUGAGAACACUUUCAAAUCGUGCUUAUCGAGCAAGUGAAAAGAUCCGAGCAAGUCAUCACAUUGUAACCAUUGACUAGAAAUCCUUCGAUGUGAACAUUUUCGAACUUGAAUUGGAAUUGCUGAUCCCACAUGUCCUAUCCUGCUUAUCGCUUUUCACAUAUCUGUAAGUGGCCCAUUAAACUUUCAGUUGAACUACAUGGCUCGAACACGAGUAUUUUUACGACAGUGAGUGUGUAGGAUUCAGUUCAUUCAAGCCUGUAUAUAGUUUUAAUUUAAUACACAAUAUCACAUUUGUACCCAUGACUAAGAGCUAACAAAUUAUGGCACUCCUUUAAAAACAUCCGUCCUCAUCCGAGCCAUCCAAGCAAUCUCUGUACUUAUCGCAAACCCAAGGUAAGGGUAUACAAAGGUUUGUAGUCUUGCAAACAAAUUGCUGACUGUCCCGACACUCUUGAAAAGGUUUCCGAGAAUCGCAAAGCUCUUGGGUUUCAUCUGAAAACCGAAUGACAUAACUAGAAUGGCAAAUAUCUGUUCUAUUCACAUUCAAAAUACCUGAUCUAUCGGGGCAAUCAAGAUUUGUAUCACACACUUGAUUGUCCAAAAUACACGAGUUGGUCGAGUUGCAGAGAAACUCCAUCGGAUGACAACUUUUGGAAUCGCCUCUCUCAUCGGGAUCUUCAUGGACCAAUUUGGUAUUGCUGAGACAUGUAUGGGACCAAGAAUCCAAUUGCUUGCCCAUGGGUACACAUAUAUCUGACCCACAAGUUGCGUCUACGGAGCAGGGAUGAUCUGGAACCGGCUCUUGAACGUGGCGAGUGAGAGGC